AUGCCCAAGGCCACGGCACCCAAAAAUGCCAUGCCCAAACUUGUGGCACCCAAAGCCGCAGCACCUACACCAGCCCCCAAACCAGCAGCCCCCAAACAAGCAGCCCCCAAACAAGCAGCCCUCAAACAAGAAGCACCUGUGGCAGUCAAGGUUGCAGGGCCGUCGAAGCCCCAGAACAUUGCCAUAAAAACUCCCUGCUACAAUUGGGGUUUGCAAACACAAAAUUUCAGGUCUAAGACCGGAAAAAUUUCCUUUUCUGGUGCCCCAGGUUCAUUGGGGAAUUUUAAUGGCAACAUGCUAGCAGCAAAACUGACCAAAAAGGCAAAAAACCAGACUUCCAAGCACUACUCUGAAAUGUCUUUGUUAGAUUCCACUCCAAAGGCCAAGCCAAAGGCCCAGCCCUCAAUUGCAUUGCCCUCAGACUCUGCGCCCACUGAGAUUGGUAAAUCUCUUCAAAUGAAGUCCAGCCAUCCAACUGACCAAUUCAAUUGCCCAGCUCGUAUGGAGGACCGCAUCAUCACACUCAAAAAACAGUGCAAGAGACUUGCGGCGCAGGUGGAGGAGACAAGGGAGAAGCUCGACAGUGUCAUCAAAGAGCAGAAGGAAGAUGUGGCCGAACUGCUCCUCAAGCUGAAGAAGAUGGAGCAAUCGGUUACCUCAACCAAGGAUUGGACAAUGCAAAAGGUGAUCUUCGCGAUGGAAAGCCUUUUCCUCCUUGGAAAUGGCAUCCAUCCAGCACUCCUAGAGUUGGUGAUGAAAAUGACUGAUCUUCUAGAGGAGAUGGGGGCACUGGUAUUGGUGGAAAGCAACGACUCAGUGGCGAAGGUGAAGGAGUUGUCAGUACUUUACAGUGCCCCACCUAUUCCUGCAGGAAUUCAGUCAUUCCAGUGGAAUUCCGGUGGAAUCCACAGGAAUCUGCAGGAAUCUGCAGGAAUUACACAGGAAUACAGUGGAAUUCCACUGGAAUCCUCUGAACUCAUGUGA